AUGAUGAUGUCAGUAAUAGCAAUGGGUGUGGUAACAGUGACUUGGGUUGUGGUGGGCUUCUCCAUUGCCUUUGGCGAGAGCGAUUACAGGGCUUGGGUCGGCAGCUUUGAGUACGCUUUGUUCCGCAACCUGGACAUGUGUUUGUGGGGUGACACCGGCUUGCCGGGGCUCUGCUUCGCAACUUACGAAAUGACUUACGCCAUCAUCGCUUCAGCCAUUAUCUCUGGGUCCUUGGUGGAGCGCGUGCGCUUUAGCGCUUACGUCGUCUUCCUGGCAUUAUGGUCCAUAUUGAUCUAUGCUCCGCUUGCCCAUUGGGUCUGGGGUCCUGGCGGAUGGAUCCGAAAGAUGGGUGCGCUUGAUUUUGCAGGAGGCACUGUGAUUCACAUCAGCUCCGGGGUCUCGGGAUUUGUGGCUGGGGCUAUUAUUGGCCCUCGACGGCGGGCAGCAGAGGAGGGCCCGGCCAGUGUGCCGUUUGUCAUUCUUGGAGGUUGCCUUCUUUGGUUUGGAUGGGUUGGUUUCAACGGCGGAUCAGCACUUUCGGUGACAGAUGGAGUUGCGCCACGAGCUGUGGCCAGCACGCUAAUCGCCGCCGCCUCGUCCAUGCUCACGUGGCUCGUCCUGGAGCGGCUGCUGAAAGGGAGAUCAUCGUCAGUUGGCGCCAUGGUGGGGGCUGUCGCUGGCUUGGUUUGCAUCACUCCUGGCGCAGGAUAUGUGACACCCAGCUGGAGCAUCAUCCUGGGACUACUUGCAGCUCCGUGGUGCUAUCUCGCUGUAGCUGCUGUUAACCGAUUGAAGCUGGUAGAUGACACUCUGGAUGCCUUUGGCCUGCAUGGUAUGGGUGGGAUGGGAGGGGCUAUCCUUACAGGCAUUUUUGCAAAUGAUGCCGGCCUCAUCUAUAGUGGCAGCUUCCAGCUCUUGGGCAAGCAGAUUGUGAGUGCUUUCUCUGCUAUCGCUUUCUCUGCUAUUGGGACCUCUGUCAUCGUACUGCUGAUGAAGCUGUGGGUGAACAUGCGUGUGGCCGAAGACACGGAGUCUGCCGUUGAUGAGCGCAUGCACGGUGAGACAUACCACAGGCCGGCGAGAGCUUACAAUCCCAAAGAGGAUCUCUGCAUGCACAGCCCUGUGAAGGCUUACCAGCGUCCUGACAUUGCAGUGGGUUCAUCAGAAUCCACCAGCAGUGCUGUCUAG